AUGGAGAAAACCGCCGACUGUCUCCCCUACAACCCCAACAUCCACACCCCCUUUGGCUACCGUCCCUCCCUCGCUGCUGGUAUCGUCUUCACGAUCCUCUUCCUCGGGCUGACAAUCGGUCACGUAUGGCAAUCCUUCCGGCAUCGCAACAUCUGGCUCGGACUAGCCUUCUCCCUGGGUGCAUUCGGCGAGUUUACCGGCUGGCUGGGACGUACAGUAGCAUAUCGCUGCCCGUACUCCGUCAAGCUGCUCGAGAUGCAGCUGGCCGCACUAAUCAUGGCCCCCGCCUUCACAACAGCCGGCAUCUACGGCGUCCUCAGCCUACUCAUCCCCCUCAUCGGACACGACAAAUCCCCCCUGCGCCCGAAAUCAUACCUCAUAAUCUUCAUGACAGUCGACUUCCUCAGUCUCCUCCUCCAAGCCGUGGGCGGCGGCCUCGCCGGCGCAGCCUUCAGCCAGAAUACCUCCCCCUGGCCGGGAACCUAUACCAUGGUCGCCGGGAUCCUCUGGCAGCUGCUCUCGACGUGUGUGUUUGCGACGCUCCUCGAGUACGUGAUCUACCGCGGGUUGGGGCCGAUAUCCCGGAGUCCGGCGCUAAGGCGGAUCGCGCUGGAGUUGAUGGUUGCGGUUACGUGUAUGGUUGCAAGGGGCGUGUAUCGGAGCAUGGAGCUGGUGAAUGGGUGGCGGGGGUAUCUGUUUACGCAUGAGGUGUAUGCGAUUGUUCUGGAUGCGGGGAUGAUGUUUGUGGGGAGUUUGGUGCUGUGGGUUUGGAAUCCGGCGGUUUUGAUAUUGGAGGCGAGGGAGCAUGCAGGUGCGAGACGGAUGCAAGGUGGGUUGGAGUUGAGGGCUGAGCAGGGGGGGAAGAAGUGA